UAAUCAUCGAUCGAAAUAAACGAGGGGAAACGAAAACAAGGCGUCAGGCGUGGAUCUGUCUGCCUCCGGAGGUCGUAAGUUGAAAGUUCGGCCCGCUCAACCCGGGUUUGUUUUCCAGUUAGGGAUCGCGAUCGAGGAAGCAAAAUGUCCGUGGACACACUGAGCGACUCCGAGCUCCGAACGAAGCUGAUGGAGUACGGUUACCCGGUGGGACCGGUGACGCAGACGACCCGCAAGAUACUCGUGAAAAAAUUAAAGAACCUCAUCGAGAUCCGCGGUGGAACGGGAGGAGGCUCCCGGCAUUCCUUGGCCGCGAGAUAUAGCAGCGAUGACACUGAUGAUGACACAAACACUAAUGUCAUUAAGAAGAAAAAGAGUGCAAAUUUGCGUCGACAAACACUAGCGAAUCCUAUGCCUCCACCUUCGAUUAUUCCCACUGAUGCUACGAACGUAACAAAGAAUCCAGUUAAGGAAAAUCUAUCACCACCACAUUCAGAAUUCAAGGAUCCCAAUGCAACAGAUUUCGAUAAUUCAAACGUGACUUCUACGACUCGUGUAACAAAAACUUCAUACAACAAAUUUACCAAGACACAAAAAUCGUCCUACGUGUCUGAUGGUUUGGAAACUGGAUCGGAUUCAGAUGCAGUGGAAGAUACUGGAAGCCCUUAUGGACGUUCAUACGAUAAGUACCUGUCCAAUCCGAGUAGCAGAUUGUCCGAUCUUCGAGUACACGAUCGUGGAACGUUUGAUUAUGAGCAAACGUCGAAAACUAGACCUGUUCAUGUAACAAAGGACAUCAAGUACAAUGUUUCUCCUUUGAAGCCAAGUGUCUCUCCAAUUCAGUUUACGAAAGAAGACAUUAGUGGAAGAGAUAUUACAAAUCAGAGAGGAGACCUUCUUGCAAACUAUGAAACUCCAUUUUUGUCAGAAUUUACAAGAAGACUUAGUUCACGAUCACUGAUAAAUACACCAUCGACAUUGUCGAAUUUAAAAAAUCCUACAUUACGACAUACUCUGUCAUCUGGUCUACCGGAGGUAAAGGAAAGAGAUUCGAAUGGUCAUUUUUCAUCCUUAAGGACCAUGUAUUCGCCAUCGAGUCAGCCGUCAAGACAAACGCUGUUUAGUUCAAGACAUAGCGCAUCAUCCGCCGAUAGGGUUCGAGAUAUCAUUAGUAGAGCGACUUACAAACCAACGACGAAUACAAGGGAGGAUGUACGAAACAAUCAGAACAUUGUAUCAAUGGGCCUUGUGGCAGUACUUGCCCUAUUUUUUGUAGUCCUUGCAAUAAUAUAUUUGGGACUUGGUAAUCGAGAUGGGAAAGUUGAGACCCUUCCAUCGAUCGCAUCGGAUAACAACAUACCGCAUUGUUUUGAUGCUCCAAAUCUUAAACAACCUGGGGUGAAUUGCGUAAUGAAGGAAAACGUAGAGUCUGUGUUGCAGCUAAUAAGACGUCUGCAUCCCAUUUUAAUGAAAAAGGCAGUGUCUAAAAUAUGUGAAAAUUCAAAUGAGAAACCGUAUUUGAUCGAUAAAGAUAUUAUAGAGAUGUUUACGAGCGAUAAAGUGACCAGCCUUGAAGUGAAGGAUGAUCUGCAUAGUGCACAAGUUUUAAUCUUUAAAAAUCCUAAAUGGGAUAUCUCGCUUAUUGAUAUAAAUGACGAUAAUGGAGAAACUUUUAAAGAAUUGGAUGCUCUAGACGAAAUAUUGUUCGCUCGUCAUAAUGAAAAACUUGGAAUGACAAUACUAAAUCCUGAGCUGCCAAUGCAAUGCCUUGUUAAAAACAAGCUUUUUACCAUCUUUUCUUGUCUCCUUAUAGCAGCAAUCGUUUUAUUAACAGGUAUUGGGAUCUAUAAAUCGUAUCUUUGGUACCUAAAAUACAAGAAAUGUACAGAAAGAGAGGUAUUUAAACUUGUUAGUGAAAUCAUAAGUAUCGUUGAGACGCAUCAUCAAAAUGCAUCUGUGCAACCCGGUGGCGCGCAGGAAAGUUUUCUUGCUAUAAAUCAUGUGCGAGACAAUCUUAUUCCACCAAAAGAUCGCAAAAGGAUGUCAAGUCUUUGGGAGAAGGCAGUGAAAUUUUUAGAUGAAAAUGAAUCUAGAAUUCGACGAGAAGUACAACAAGUAGCAGGAGAAGAGUUCCAUGUAUGGCGAUGGUUGCCGAAUAAUACUUUAAAUAAAUCUCCCAUGCAGAGCGCGACUUCGGGUAAAAAGCCAAAAGUCUGGCAAGGACAAGCAUUCGAAACAAUGGAGGGGUCGGUUAAUAGUUUGACUUGUUCACCAACACCCUGCUUGAAAAUCAGACAUAUGUUUGAUCCAGAUAUUGAAACUGAAGAUGAUUGGGAGACAAGAGUACAGGAUGCUAUUUUGGAAAAAUGCGGAGAGGGUGUAAAGAUACUCCACAUUCGCGUAGAUAUUGGUAGCCGUGAGGGUUGCGUUUAUAUGAAAUGUAUGUCGCAGAAAGAUGCCGGUGAAGCUUAUAGAGCGUUACACGGAUGCUGGUUUGAUGGUAAAUUAGUGACUGUAAAGUACCUGAGAUUAGAGCGUUAUCAUGAGCGAUUUCCGGAUGCCGCUCGCUGCAUAACGCCUCUCAAACCAAGUAACAAUCAACGAUUAUCCAUGCAAGCGCAUUAUUGGCAGAGUCCUGCUGAAGCGAAUUAACAGCUGGCGUUUUUGUUUGGAAAAAAUAUUGAAUACAAGAUUAUGAGCUCUCAUGUCUGAUCCAACACAUAAUUACUUGCUGAGCAGAACUGACAGAACCUUUUUACUUUUUUGUUUCAAAAUAUAAAAUAUCUUAGCAUAAUAGAGCACAAAUACAUAUUACAGGAUUGAAAA